UUAUCCAGUUCAAUACACAUCAAUCGGGAGCAAUCGGCUCCCAGAAGGGCCCGUACGGUAUCUUCACCAAGUUCCGCACGUCAUGUCAAUCGGACCGUUUACAACAGAACAUUCAACCAAAACCUGGAAAUAAAUGACCAUAAUCUCGAAUAAUGAAUCCAAACAAUCAUAUCGAAUGAGGCUCAAAAAGCUAGUGUGUUAGCGGCUCUUUUGCGGAUUUUAGCCUCCGUCAAGGUUCACGACCGGCGGAAAGCCGAUGCAGCGGGCACUUGUCCGGUCCGAGAUAUCCGAUCGAACCGCUUUAACUUACAUCAUUGCACUUGUAAGGCUGAACACUAGAAUUUUCGGUGACAUUACUAUGGAUCUACAGUGAUGCAAUUAUCACGGUAACCGAGGUCAGAACCAUGUUAGAAAAGUAUUUAAUAACGGAGUCGGAAGUACAUUCAGUGAUGUCUUACUCAACAGCCUACUGACAAACACUCCGACGAGCAACAUCUCCCAAUUAUUAUGGCUUCUCCAAGCGCUGACGUUCUCGGUUACGAGAAAUCUAUCUUUGACGCUGGUCUUCACUUUGCUCGUCCGGCGUUUACUUUCCAAACCUCGCAAUGGGAGCCUUUGGCUAAAGAAACACUCUCGGCAACUUCUUGGGGCUACAUCCACGGAAAUUGCGGUAGUGGCUCAACAUACAGGAACAACUUGACUGCUUUUUCCCGCUGGUCCAUCGUCCCAAAUCGUCUUGUGCCGAGUCACAGGGAUGAGAAUGGCAAUGAGCAGUUCUCUGAUACUUCUACUACAGUUCUUGGCCAGAAGCUUCCCUUCCCACUGGCUAUUGCACCAAUUGGAGUUCAGAAGAUCUUCAACCCUGAAGGUGAAGCCGCUACUGCUCGAGCUGCUGCAUCUCUUGGAGUCCCGUACACGCUAAGCACAGCUUCAAGCACCAGUAUUGAAGAUGUUGCAGCAGCGAAUGGAAAGGAUGCACCUCGAUGGUUUCAGCUCUAUUGGCCAAGCCGUGAACACGACGACAUCACUAUCUCAAUGCUCAACCGCGCCAAAGCAUCCGGCUACACGGCUCUCUUCGUCACUCUUGACACAUACGUCCUUGGCUGGCGUCCGAGCGAUUUAGACAACGGCUACAACCCCUUCAUCCACCCAGACCACAUCGGUGUCGAAAUCGGUCUCACAGAUCCUGUUUUCCAAAAGAAGUUCAAGGAGAAACACGGCUAUGAUAUCACCGAUGCAGCGAGUGGAGUUUAUCAGGCGGCUCAGGGCGGAUCCGCAGGGGCUAGUCUCGGUGACGCGGCAAGAGAGUGGGCCAAGAUCGUAUUCCCAGGCCAUUCCCAUUCCUGGGAGGACGUUGAAUUUCUCAAGAAGCACUGGGACGGGCCUAUUGUUCUCAAAGGAAUACAGAGUGUUCACGAUGCCAAGAAGUGUGUUGAGGUUGGUGUUCAGGGAAUCGUGGUGAGCAACCAUGGUGGACGUCAACAAGAUGGUGGAGCAAGCAGUCUGGGUAUGCUGCCACGAAUCGUUGAUGCUGUUGGGGAUAAGCUUGAUAUUUUCUUUGAUAGUGGUAUCAGAUGCGGUGCUGAUAUCAUGAAGGCUAUUGCGCUGGGAGCGAAGUGUGUUCUUGUUGGGAGGCCUUAUGCUUAUGGUUUGGCGCUGGGUGGUGAGGAUGGUGUGAGGCAUGUCCUGAGAGCACUGUGUGGUGAUUUGACCAUGAACAUGCAUUUGGCUGGACUGAGGGAUAUUGGUGAGGUAAAUCGGGAUAUCUUGGUAAAGGAGAGUGAUCUUGUGUAACGAAAGGUCACUAGUAGUAGACAAAAAACUCAAUAUUUGUGGUAAACCUAUUUACUCUAGAUCUUGAAUAGAACGCAUAUUUUUGAUUUUUUGCAUGCUGAAACCCAAUCUAUUCCCUG